AUGAGCGAACGAAAGCAAGACAUUGAGGCCUUUCUCGACACGUAUCAAAAUCUGAUCGGAGCAUCACUCGCACCCAAGCAAGAUCAAUUGAUUGAAUUCAUUACCUAUCACGAGAAGGAUAAAACCUCUCCGAGAAAAUAUGUGUUCAUUACGAGCGGAAAGAUGAACGUACCACUUGAACGAAAUACCGUGAGAUAUAUUUCUAAUUUUUCAACAGGUCGCAGAGGAGCACAAUCGGCUGAAGAAUUUCUCAAGAAUGGAUAUGUUGUUGUAUUUUUGACUCAUGAAUCUGCAAAAAGACCGUUGAAUAUUUUGGAACAUGUAAAUCCUGACAGUUUCAUGUUGAAUGAGAUUGAUGGAUCGGUUUCAUUCUCAUCAUGCAAUGAAAAAUUAAAACAAUUGCUACGAAUUCGAAAAAAGGUGAAGGAUGAAAAAUUAUUGCUCGAGAUUACCUAUGACACACUUUUUGAAUAUUUAUUAAUGCUCAAAUUUAUUUGUAAAGAUGUUAUUGGUGAUUUGAAUUUAGGAAGAAGAGCUAUUUUAUAUGCAGCAGCUGCAGUCUCGGAUUUUUACAUUCCCUACGAUGAAAUGAGCGAACACAAGAUACAAUCACGAAAUGUACACGACGGUAAACUUGAGAUUGUAUUGUCACAAACUCCCAAAAUGCUGAAAUUGGUGAAAUCAGAAUGGUGUCCACAGGCCUUUGUUGUGACAUUUAAAUUAGAGUCAGAUGUGGGAAUUAUUGAUGAGAAGGUAAAACAAGCAAUGCAAAAUUACGGAAUGGAUAUUGUCUUGUCUAAUAUUUUGUCAACAAGAGAAACUAAAAUUUAUGUUCAUGACAAACAAGUAUUGGAAGAGAAGGUCACUUUCGAUUCUGGUCAAUUAGUUGAAAAGAGUUCGAAUCAGGAUUGUCUAGAAGUGGAAUUAAUUCCUCUUCUUUGCUCUAAACACAACCGCUACAUGAAGUCAACUUUGAGCGAAAGUGCUGGCUCUUCCAUGAUCAAUUAA